AUGCCCAACAAUCGCAAAAGCACGCUCAAGAAGAUCAACGGGCGGGAUGGUGUGCAUCCCGGCUCGCGCAAGGCCGCGCAGAUCAACCGCGUGCACCUCCGCAGCAUCAAGCUCAAGUCGCAGGCGCGUGAUCGCAAGGAUCUGAAGAUGGGGAAGCCAGUGUUCCGCCCGCAGUUCUUCAUGCACUCCCUUGAGAGCCCCGACGCGCUCACACUCCCGCAGCUGUGCGCGCUGAUCACGGACACGUUCAUUGCGCGGAACGACGAGCGGAUUGCGGAGCUCAAUGCUGAGCGCCGCCCGGGACGGCCGAAGGUCAAGGAGCUGCUUGAGCUUGAGGAGCUGCGGCGUGUCGAGAGCGCCGAGUGGGAGACCGGGUUCGAGGUGCCUAAUCUCACCGACGCGCGGGCAACAAAGCUCAUGUACGGGUGGGUUGAGUCUGGGACAAUCAUCAAGUCUGCGCACAUCGACCUCCUGCCUUGGAUCCGCAUUGCGAGGGCGACACCGGACGUGUUUGUGGUGAGCCGCAAGGGCAAGCUCGAUGGGAUGGGGUUGGGAGAC